AUGGCCAAAUUAUCAAAUGUUGGAAAGUAUACACUAGCUUCGAUAAUAAUAUAUACUAUAGUUGCGACCGUAUUAGAAUGUCUUGUGAUAUAUUUUCAUGUGUCAUUUGUGAGUAAUUUUACGCUCGAUGAAAAAGGGAAAGGAAUAUCGGACGCUGAUUUGAUUUAUCAUGCCAUAUUCCUUUUCUCACUAAUAUUUCAGAUAUUACUGGUUGCGGAUGCAUUGCAUCAUCGUAAUACCAUUCAAAUAGUCGCCUUG